AUGGUAGACUUUGCAGAUGAAUUUAGUCUUCUGAUUCAACUGCGGAGCUCACAAGAAGAGGACCGGAGUGUGUUGACUUUGCUGAACUUCUAUAAUCACAUUUUACUCCAGAUCCGUAUAGGCCCACACAGCAUCACCUUCAUCACCACACAGCAGCGUGACUAUGAGUUUUCAGUGUCAGGGCUGUCUGACUCGCAGUGGCACUGGAUCUCAGUUGGGGUUGCAUUUGAAUGGCUGGCUGUGUAUGUGGACUGUGUGCUGGUGGAGAAAGUGAGCUGGAUGUACCCGUACAUGGGCAUCACUACAGAUGGCCUGCUGAUGGUGGGGGGAAUCCUGGAGGACUAUGAGACACCCUUUGAGGGAGAGCUAAGACAGAUGACCUUCAUAAUGGGAGAUGCAAAUGCUGCCAAGGAUCACUGUGCUCUUCAUCAGCAUAUGUGUGAACCUGUGAAAGAACGUGGCUUUCUUAAGACAGAAAGUAGCACUGAGAGCCCUUUGUCGUCCUCAGCUGGCUCAACAGCAGACAGACCUUUCUCAUCAAAUCCCUCCACUGGCAGAGAUGAGACUGCCAAUAUACAUUCAGUUCCAGGGCUCCGGCCUGAACCCAGAAAAUCACAUGGUUCGAACUCCAGUGUCUCUUCUAAGAAUGAAGAUCUUCGUAGUGAAUGGGACGUGUCGUCUGAUUCGAACAGAACUUCAAAGCAUUCGGUUCGUGGCUUUGUAGUGGUGGAAGAGUCUGACCUUCUCACGUCUCCCGCUGUCAGCACACAUAGCAGGUAUAAGGACACCGGUAAAAAAAAUAUACAGUCCACCACCUUCAAAUCAUCAGAGGAGAACUUCACCUCUCAAAAACUGAAAGCAGAUUUGGGUGGAGGCCGUCUUGAGCGGCUCCCUUUCAAUCCCUCUGGGGACAUUGCUGACCUGGAUUCUAUUUUGAAUGUAAAGACAUCAGCUGGUCAGAAGGAUCUGGUCAGGCCUACAGUCCAUCCUGAGUUAAACCAGCUGAUUGAAGAAGGUUUCUUACUUCCUUCAAAGGGCUUCGAAGUAGAUAAAAAGCCUUUGGUCAGUGUUCACUCAAAAAAAGGAUAUGAAUUGCUUGUAGGCAAAGGACAAGCUGACUACAAGCACUCAAGCAAGAAAGGAGUUGCAUUUAAACAUGGUGAUGUUAUGUUAGGCAUGGAUGGAAGGAGAUACCGGCUCCUCAGUGGACCUCCAGGGCCUGUUGGACCACCAGGGAGAACAGGGUGCGCAGGCAAAAGGGGCUAUAUUGGAUACAAGGGUGAUAAGGGUUCUCAAGGAGACCAAGGAGCAGAUGGGCCAAGAGGCAUACCAGGACCUCCAGGUCCACCAGGACUCCCAGUCCUCUACCUUUGGAGGAACACAGAGGAGGAUUGGGCUGCAUUUAAGAGAACAUCUUUUUACCAGUUGCUGGCAGCUGGAUGGCCAAGACAGACAGGACACCCUGGACCAAUGGGUGAGACGGGGAGACCUGGUUUACCUGGGUUGCCUGGAGACCCAGGUCAGGCAGGACCACCAGGCCUAAGAGGCGAAAUGGGUGGCAUUGGACCAAAGGGUGUUCGAGGCAGAGCAGGGACUCAAGGAAGAGACGGAGAGAAAGGUCCAGAUGGGGUGACGGGAUCUCCAGGGGUUCCUGGCCUACAGGGUCCUCGCGGUUACAAAGGUGACACAGCGCCCCCUGGUGAGAAAGGAGAUGAGGGUUUUCCUGGUGCUCCUGGCCUCAGAGGAGACAAAGGACAGACUGGCCUGAAGGGCUCAAAAGGAGAAAUUGGGUUUACUGGCUUUUCUGGUCCUCCAGGACCGGUUGGUUUACAAGGUGUUCAAGGGAUUCCUGGACCACCUGGUCCUAAGGGGGAUCCAGGAAAUGAUGGAAAACCUGGUCCUCCAGGGACAGUGGGAGCACCAGGUGCUACAGGAUUGGUUGGUGCACAAGGUGUUAAUGGCUCAGAAGGGGACGCUGGACCUGUUGGCGCUGUGGGGCGGAAAGGCCCUCAGGGGCCUAGAGGGAUCGAGGGAGACAGAGGCCCACCUGGUGAUCCAGGAUCACAGGGUCUUCAAGGUCAGGCUGGUCCACAGGGUCUCAAAGGUGACAUAGGGCCAGAGGGUCCAGCAGGUAACAGAGGGCUACAAGGCAUUGAAGGGCCCAUGGGUACAACUGGAGAUCCAGGUCCAAAAGGCUUUCCAGGUGUCACAGGCAGUAGGGGACCAGAUGGAGAGAAGGGUGACAGAGGACCCAAGGGGAAAAAAGGACCAAAAGGAGCAUCAGGGAUCAUGGGUCCACAGGGUGAAAGGGGCCAGUCAGGCCUCCCCGGUUUACCUGGUGUCAAAGGUCAGCCAGGUGCUCCAGGUGUCCAGGGUAUAAAUGGUGAAGUAGGUCCUCAGGGAACACUUGGAAAAGAGGGUCAAAAGGGCAGCAGGGGUGAACCUGGUGAUAAUGGAAGAACAGGACUCAGAGGAUCCAGAGGUCGAGCAGGCCAACAUGGUCCCCCUGGUGUACCUGGAAUAGUGAUUUAUUUGGUUCACGUUUUAUUGAAUUGA